AUGCACUUCACAUCAUCACUCCCCGUGUUCUAUAUCACAUUGAACGCUCUUUAUCAGGGCGCUGUUGCUGUAUCAGCUGCUAGUUCGGUAUUAGACUUCCGAAAUUUAGUCAUACCAGCAGACGAAACCUCUCCAGUUCCCCUGGGAGACUUCGGGGGCAUCAAAUUCCAAAACAUUGAAGUAGUCCACAUGGCCACCCAAUUACUGGGUACCGAUAGCAACGAAGGGGUUCUUGCCGAUUCAAACGGUUUACUCCACCCAACCGCCGAUGCACCUUCUACCACGGUAGCAAUAAUCGAUCCUAAAACUGCACCUUCGGGCGGGGAGAUUAUAAUACCAUCUGGGAAGCGCUUACAGUCCUUGAAUUUCUUUUGCUGUUCUUCCAAGGAAGGAGAGAGUAUUUUAGAAGGACACCAGUGUCAGCAGGUGAAGUGUAAAGCUACCGCUGCAAGCACCGGGGCAGGGAGUGGCGGGAAGGAUGCUACAAAGACCGAGGGUUCGGCUGUAGCAGCGCCGUCGAGCACUGCUACCGAUACUGAAUCCGGGUCCAUUUCAACAAGCAGUUUGAUAUUGGAUGAGUCGGCUUCUGAUUCCAUGGUAAAAGGAGAACACUCUGUCAUUGUCACCUUCACAGGGGACGGGGCCGUCUCAAGGGUCAAGAGGGGGAAGAGAGCAGCUACAAUGAAUGGUAAUGAGAAUAUGAUUCUUGUUAUCACGGACAUGACAAUCUUACCGGUCGAUAGUACUACCACCGAGGGUGCUUGA